AUGGUAGACUCGGGUUAUCAAUCAAAUCUAAGCCUUAUGCGGAAAUUCUUGGAUGAGUUCCGUUCGGUUCUAAAACAGGAAACUCCUGGACCCAUCCCACGCCUGGCUUUUAACUAUGUUCGCGCCUGCUUGAGUUUGCUGUGCCUGUAUCCCAACAGGAAGUUGGCUAGUUUGUCUCUGUACCGAUGGCUUAACUGGUUCAUCAUGUGCAAUGUGAUGAACGCUUUCGUGACCAUGGUCUUGGCCCUGCCCGAGUCUAAGAAUGUGAUCGAAAUGGGCGACGACAUGGUGUGGAUUUCGGGAAUGGGUCUUAUUUUUACCAAGAUGUUCUACAUGCACUUACGCUGCGACAAAAUCGAUGAACUUGUUUGGGAUUUUGACUACUAUAAUCGGGAGCUAAGACCUAAUCAUAAUGAUGAGGAGGUGUUGGGUUGGCAGAGGCUGUGUUACCUGGUAGAAUCGGGUCUUUAUAUCAACUGUUUUUGUCUGGUCAACUUCUUUAGCGCAGCUGUUUUCUUGCAACCUUUGAUAAUCGAAGGAAAGCUUCCCUUUCACUCGAUUUGGCCAUUUCAAUGGCAUCGCAUUGAUCUGCAUCCCCAUAUGUUUUGGUCCCUCUACCUUUGGCUGAGUGUGACCUCGCAGCACAACCUAAUGAGCAUCCUAAUGGUGGACAUGUGCGGCAUUUCCACCUUCAUGCAGACGGCUCUCAACCUCAAGCUUUUGUGCAUCGAGUUGAGGAAACUGGGUGAAAUGAGGGUCAGCGAUGCCCGGUUCCGUGAGGAGUUUUAUCGGGUGGUUCGCUUCCACCAGCACAUCAUCAAGGUGGUAGAGAAAGCCAAUAGAGCUUUCAAUGGAGCCUUCAAUGCGCAGUUGAUGGCCAGUUUUGCUUUGAUUUCCAUAUCCACAUUCGAGACCAUGGUUGCAGCUGCUGUCGAUCCCAAAAUGGCAGCCAAAUUUGUGCUCCUCAUGGUGGUGGCGUUUACUCAAUUGUCGCUGUGGUGCAUCUCGGGAACUUUGGUUUAUACCCAGUCUUUGGAGGUUGCUCAGGCUGCCUUUGAUAUAACCGACUGGCACACCAAGGCCCCAGCCAUCCAGAGGGAUAUUUCCUUUGUGAUCUUACGAGCCCAGAAACCGCUGAUGUAUGUGGCUGAACCGUUUUUGCCCUUUACCCUGGGCACCUACAUGCUUGUUCUGAAGAAUUGCUAUCGCUUGCUGGCCCUGAUGCAGGAAUCGAUGUAGUGGGUAGUUUGUAGAUUGUGAAAAUAAAAGUUGGACCUUUUGGUGGGCAUUUGCAUUUGCAUGGCUCGUUUAGGUUGUCGC